AAAAUUUCAAAUGAUAUGUGGCUCACGUUUGUGAAAUGCAUUUUAUUUCUGUUGGACAGCACAGUUCUGGACUCAGGGCUUCCAUGUUCUGGCAGAUCUGGGUCCUGUUCCCUGUGGUGUAAGACUGUAUGGCUGAGAGAAUAUUUAAAAGAUGCUUCAAAGAAGAUGAAAAGUGGGCUUAUGUUUGUAAAACUGGCUAACCCAUGUUCAGGGGAAGGAGCCCUUUACUUGUUCGAUAUGUGUCUACAGCAGCUGUUUGAAAUAAAAGUUUUCAAGGAAAAACACCAUUCUUGGUUUGUAAAUCAGUCAGUUCAAUCAGGAGGUCUUCUCCACUUUGCCACACCCAUGGACCCUCUGUUUCUGCUCCUCUACUACCUUAUAAAGGCUAAUAAAGAGGGAAAGUUUCAGCCUCUAGAGCAAGUUGUGGUGGAUGACGUGUUUCCAAAUUGCAUCUUGUUGCUGAAACUUCCUGAACUUGAGAAGUUACUUCGACACGUGACAGAGGAAAAAGAAAUAGGCAAAAAGAAAUAUUACAAGUACAGCAAAGAGAAGACAUUAAAGUGGCUGGAAAAAAAGGUUAAUCAGACUAUGGCUGCAUUAAAAACCAAUAACAUAAAUGUCAGUGCCCGGGUACAGUCAACUGCAUUUUUCCCCAGUCACCAGACUUCCAGUGACAAGGAAGAGGACUAUAUUCGUUAUGCCCAUGGCCUGAUAUCUGAUUACAUCCCUAAAGAAUUAAGUGAUGACUUAUCUAAAUAUUUAAAGCUUCCAGAACCUUCACCUUCAUUGCUGAACCCUCCAUCAAAGAAGGUAAAGUUAUCAGAUGAGCCUGUAGAAGCAAAAGAAGAUUACACUAAGUUUAAUACCAAAGAUAUGAAGACUGAAAAGAAAAAUAGCAAAAUGACUGCAGCUCAAAAGGCGUUGGCUAAAGUUGACAAGACUGGAAUGAAAAGUAUUGAUUCCUUUUUUGGUGCAAAAAUUAAAAAAAAGUUGGAAAGAUUUGAAAAUUUGAAAAUAAAAAAUAAAACCUAGCAAAAAUGUUUGUCUUUUACAUGUUCCAUAUUUGUCCUUCCUCCAUGUCACUGUACUUCCUCACCCUUAAUCACCACCCUUUGAAAUUAAAAAUAAAAAGAGCAGUUUUUAGAUUCACUUGAACAUUUCUUUGUAUUAGAAUUUUAUGUUCCUGAACAAAAUAUGGGAAAGUAAUUAUGUAACUAAAUGACUUGUGGACUUGGGAGUCUUCUUUGACAUACUGAGAAGUAAUCAAGUGACUAGAAUUAACCUCUAGCAUCUCAAUUUCCUCAAUAAACUGACAUGUGACAAUA